AUGGCACUGAAAUUCAAGGUCACAGAUACGAAGACAGUUCUCCUACAAUUACUGAUAUGUUUGAUGACUUUCUAUGCUGCAUAUUAUAUUAUUGGCAGCAUAUUCUUUGGAGUUUUCAGGCUUGAAACAUAUGAUGUUCUGAUACCUUUCGACUUCAAAACAGAACCAUCAUGUCCAAACUCAAAAUAUAUGGUCAACCUAAUCUCAAUGGAGACGACCUACUUUGUCUGUGGGCUGCUAUUUGCUGGGGUGGUUGAAGAAUGUGUAUGGGAUUAUGCCAUUACAGUGACUCUUAUUCACAUCAGUGUUACUUCAAUAGAGAUACCUGAUAGCAACAUAAAUAAAACUUCAUACAUCAUAACAACCUCGACCUGA